ACUAUGGUAGUUAAGCUGAUUUAUUGCUCAUGUCUGUACACAAGAAUCUAGUCAACUAAAGCUCAGCACUAAACUGGCACUAGAUAAGAGGUAAUGGAAUUAAAAAAGGGUUGAACUUAAGACUGCUUAUAGGAACUAAAGGACUCCAGACUGAUUCCUCUCUUGACUCUGCCCCCAGGCUCUGCCUCUCCUUGUAUAUCAGGAACCCCACUGGGGAGGGUAAGAAGUGCAGUAGGUAAAGUGAAGAUGCUUCAUGGUUAGUGCCAAGAAGAUUAAAAGCAAGACAACCUAACACAAUUGUUUGAGCACAUGGAGAAAAGUUAGUCACAGAGUCAAUAACAGCUAUGGAAAAAAUGAUGCAUUUUGGCUUUUCAAUCUUUAUUGGCAUUGCUAAUGUUUGUUAUUGAGUUAUCUUUACUUUUUUCAACCAACCAAAAAAAAAAAAAAACAACCACAAGACCCUUUCUUAGAUUCUGAUCAUCAGUUAUACCUGCCUAUUUGGGAUUAAUCAGCAUACAUUUGAAACUAUCUUCUAUCUAACUCCUUUUGUGUACUGGCAGAAUAACCAACUAGUACAAUGGCAUGCCUCCUUGUGAUCACUUAAGAAAAGUAAAUAUCUAUAAGGAAGAAAUGUCCAAUUAUAUGUAUUGUAUUAAAGAGGCUCAGCAUUUCAAAAGUUGAAUUUAUGUCUUGAAUGUGCUGACUUUUUAAAAUAUGUGCUAAGUAUCAACCUGAGGAUUUAAAUAAAGUGUCAAACUGCGGGCCCGUGGGCCGGAUGUGUCAUGUGGAAGCCGUGCCCACCCCAUUGCUGGCAAUGGCAAAACCGUCAUGCGACAUUACGUGAUGUCCUGAGUUUGACAUGCCUGAAAUAAAGGAUUACAAAACAAUUAUACUUGGGAACUCUGCACAUGUUUAAAGAUACUCCUAUUUAAUAACAAACUAUUCUAUUUUCUAGUCACUGUCCCUAAUAAAUAGUGACUCUGUGGCAGCAAAGGAAUACACUGAUAUUGACCAAAUGUUACAAUUACAUACCAAUCCAUUACCUUCUUGCAAUAAAAAGUAUUUAUUCAAUUUCUAUAGCUGCCUACUUCGAUCAAUGACUUUGGGCAGCAUACAAUUCAAAAAAAUAUAUUAUAAUUAAAAAUGCUGAAAGAUUAAAACAAUAAAAACACAUAACAUCCAGAUGAAAUGUACGUUGGAGUAAGAUAUUUGGCCAAUUAGCAAUACAACUAGGAAACGGGGCCCUUAACACAUUAUGUUACCUCCUUUCUAUAUAAUUGUCUAAACAAUAAUGCACUGCCUUUGUUACUUUUGUUCUAUAACUGUCUUUCACAUAGUCUAAAUAAUUGGAAAAAACAUUUCCUCGACUUUGCCUACUUGAGGCAAUUGGUUUUUAAACAGUAAGCUUACACACCUGAGCAAUACAAUUCUUGUUGUUUUAACCCCUUUCCCUGGGCCUCUGGAAGUGAAUAUUUUAAGAUUACUACAUCAGAUUUGUCUGCUCUGACUGAUGUUGUCUCUCCUGAUGAUCAGCAGCCUUCAAGAUCUUUAGGUGUUUUCUUUGCUGUAAAUCACUCCUCACUCCUUGCUCAAGAGUGUUAGUGGGGCCUUUCAUGUGUUGCCCAAAACAGAGGAAAGGCAUAAUAAAAUAAGGAAUCAUAAACAUAUCUACAGGCAAUUUUCAUAUAUGUCAAUUUAUAAAUAAUACCAUUGAAACCAGGGGUAAACCAGCUCACCUUUGACCCAACCCCACUUUUUGUUCUCUCUGACCACAUGGGCUGAAAAUUAGGGCACUUUUUCACAUCGUCUUAAGACAGGAAGUUCCCCAAAUCCACAAUCAAAGCGUUACUCGAGCUGGAAUCAGCCAGCAACAGCAGCAGUAACGUUAAGCCAACCAGGUUCGCUCAGUGGCCGGGUUUAUAUAUUGAAUUUAAGCCCGGGGGAACCAAGCGACCGUGCGUUCACACGUCUAGGAUGCCCACCCAACUAAGCCGCGCUGCGGCUUCUGGAGGCCGGGUUGAGCAAGGGCGGCGUUUCCAGCAGAGGCCGAGCCACGAGCACCCUCUCCGCGGCUGCGGCUCAGCCAAACUCCGAUCGCCCGUCCCGGCCGAAUUGUGCGCGACUCCGGGGCCCGCGGCGGCCCGCUCCCCGCAGGAGUCCCUCCGGCGCCCGUCGAAGCCCGCCUGCGCGCCGCUCCCCGGAAGGCCGGCCGAGAGUCCGGCCGGGGCUCCCGCCUCCUUUGGCGGGCGGAAGGCGUCUCGGGGGCUCGCGUCCAGGGAGCGAGGCGUCGCGGCCGUUGCCUCCGCCUCCUGACGUCAAGCCCGCCCGCAGGGGCUCCGGCUUUCUCGGCUUCUCGCCGCCUCUCAUUGUCAGCAGGAGAAGCCCAGCUCGCCAGCCAGUCAGCCAGCCAGUCCGCGGGGCCGGAUCAGCAGCUCCGAGCGGGCCGCCGCCGCGGAGUGGGCGCCCCCCGGCAGCCGGGGCGGGCGGCUCCUGCCGGGCCUUUUACGAGAAAAGCGGGGAAAGGCGGAGAAGACGAAGGCGAAGAAAGUCUGGGGCGCCCUGGGCUCCUGUGCGCCGCGCCGAAGAGAAGGUAGUGGCGGCGGCAGCGCCGAGGAGGAGGACCGGUAAAGCGUGGGCUGGGGGCCGGCGUGGACAUCAGCUGCUGAUUCUCUACAAAGCUUUAUGAAAUCACGGAAAAGAACCCAUCAACUGAAAAUUUCGUUUGAGACAUAGGAAAGGAAAUAAACUGAGGGGCAAACAUGGCUGACUACUCGUCUUAUAAAGAGACCUCCAAUCGGCAUUUGCGCUUCAAACUUCAGAGUCUCAGCCGCCGCCUUGAUGAAUUAGAGGAAGCCACACGAAAUCUCCAGAAAGCAGAGGAUGAGCUUUUAGACUUGCAGGAUAAAGUGAUCCAGGCGGAAGGCAGCAACUCCAGCAUGUUGGCUGAUGUGGAAACCUUGCGAAAGAGAGUUUUGAAAAUAGAAGGCAAGGACGAGGAAAUCCGAAAGGCAGAAGAGCUGUGCCAGCUGAUGAAGACCAAGCUUGAGGAUGAGGAGAGCCUCACCCGAGAGCUGAAAUCUGAAAUCGAGAGGCUUCAGAAGCGAAUGGCUGAGCUGGAGAAACUGGAGGAGGCUUUCGGUCGGAGUAAAAAUGACUGUACUCAGCUCUGCCUCAGCCUCAACGAGGAGAAAAACCUGACCAAGAAGAUUUCAACAGAACUGGAAGUUCUUAGGGCAAAAGUGAAAGAACUGGAACAGUCAGAAGACCGGCUCGAUAAAACAGAGCAAAGCUUAAUGAGUGAACUGGAAAAGAUGAAAUCUUUAGCUCUCAUUUUUGUCAGUGAAAGAAAACAUUUCACUGAAAAGGAGAAGCAGAACGAAAAGCUGAUCCAAGAGCUCACCCAAAAGCUGGAACAGAAUAAUAAACUUAAUCGGGCUGACCAAACUCGCAAUACAUCAAAUCUGCUGGAGAGAUCGUCCAAUAGUAUAAUUGACAGAAAUGACCUAAGGAUUGAGGUUGACUUGACAACUUCAGCACUAUCUUCAAAAGAAACCAGGAGAAAAGCCAGCUUGGACUACCUAAAGCUUGUGGAAAAUGAAACUCGAAACAAAUCUGAAAACCAGAAGAAUAAAAACCAAGAAGACAACAAAGUGAGGGACCUCAAUCAAGAAAUUGAGAAGCUUAAGACCCAGAUGAAACAUUUUGAGUCUUUGGAAGAGGAGCUUAAAACCCUUAGAGCCAAAAACAAUGACCUCCACGACAGCUACUUGAGUGAACAGAAUAAGAACAUGAUCCUCAUGGGCCAGCUGGAAGAAAUAAAAAUAGAGAUGAAAAAGCAGAAGGAGCUGGAGAAUGGUGAAGCAGAGAUGGAGGACGUGAAUGUGCCCAGCCGAGUUAAGCACGACCGACCCAAGCAUCGAACUGUUACAAUUGAGUCAGCAGUUUCUAAGCAUAAGUCACGGGAACUUUCACCUCAACACCGGCGGGAGAGGCUACGCAAUCGAGAAUUGAAUAAUGAAUGCUAUGGCCAAAGUAGCAAGCGAGUUACAAGCCCUAAUAUGAACAGCAGAAGAGCAGCCAAAACAUCUGGCACAUAUACAGUAUUAGACUCUUUAUCAACUAAUGCUAAACGGGUAGAAGACAAAUCAACCUUAGGUGUGAACAGUUCUCCGCCAAAAGAUAGCGGCACCUCAGCCACCGAAGUGAAGAAAUCUAGGGAGCAGCCUUCAGUGCUUAGCCGUUAUCCACCUGCAGCCCAGGAGCAUAAAUCUUGGAAGAUCUCUUCAAAACCCAAAAAUGAACAUACCACAAGGAAUAGAGUUGAAAAAGAACCCCAGCCACUGAACGAUGCUCAUCAUGUUAAACUUGAAGACCUCGAAGACCAGCCUAGCAAACCAGAAUUCGCAGGACCAUCUUCUGAAAAGGGCCUGAAGAUGCAUGUCACAGAAUCACUGGUUCUUACCACUGAGACUCAUACCUCCAAAACUAAUGGUGGGCCUCCAAAUGGUGCUGCUUCAUCCUAUGGGCAGUAUCCCUCAGGGGAAACCCUGACUUCUGAAUCCGUGAGCUCAAAGAUGGAAGCUACAUUUUCAGCUUGCAGACAGCACUUGGAAGAGGACUCUCAAAAGGUAAUCAACUUCCGAGAGUCUGUGGAGCCUCCACUUGGAAUGACAAAACCUUCUCUUUUAUCGAAGCCUUGGCUCAUUUCAAAAAGCCAAGAAGAUACCUCGCAGAACCAUCCAAUUGCUCAAAAAGAGGAAAUGAACCAAGCUAUUUUGUCGACUGUAAACUGCAACAAUUUGGACCUAAAAGCAACAAGAUCCAAAGCUGUCAAUCCCAGCCGCAUUGAGAAAUCCCGCACUGAGGAAGGGACAAGCAAAUUUGGAAAUAUUUCUGCUACUUUAGACUUAGGAAUAAAAAAAGAAACCACUUCCCGAGAAUUCACAACCUCCAGGGGAUCCGCUCACAUCUCUUCCUUUGAAAAUGAUAGAAGUGCAAGCAGCGAAGACCUUAGUAGACCAUCAAAAAUGACAGCAGCUGGUGCGAUGUCAGGUUUGAAAUCCCGACGGCCAUUUAGUCCAAGAGAAGCUCUGCGUUCAAAAGCCGUCAUCAAACCUGCAAUUGUGGAGAAAGAUGUGAAGGAAAUCAUGGGUGGUGUGGGUUCUGGUCUGGAAACCAGCUGUGAAAAACAGCCUGCCACCUGUAAGACAGUAGCACAUAAAAUGACCAGCAGCAUCACCAUUUACCCAUCUGAGCCAAUUACUCCAAGGAGCAGCACAGUUGAUGCUACAAUUCAAACCAUUCCAAGUGAACUCUCUCCAGGAGCAGAUGCAACCAGCAUUCCUAACGAUUUCUCAUUUAACAAGAGCAGUAUAACCGUAAAGGUACCAGAGCCUGAUAAAAAUGGAGAGUCUGUUCUAAGAAGCAGAGUAGAAACGGUCAUUUCCAAAAGCAGUAUUACAAUAAGGCCUUUGGACACCACCGAAAAAAACAGUGAACCGCCCACGGAGACAGUCGGUUGGAAGAGUCACAGUAUUCUGGGGACAAACUCAUCUGAGGCCAAGAACAUCACGGUAAGAAGCUCAUGGCGGACAAGACGAGGAUUGCGUUCUUUGGAAGACUCUCUAGCCAAAGAGGUUGAACACGUAAAUCCUCGGACUCCAUGUAGGUCAUCUACUGAUCCUUCCAAACCAGAAGGGACCACGGCACGCAUCUACGCGAUUGAGCAGAAUUCCAGAAGGGCAAGUGCCGGGACAAAUUCUUGGAAUACUCCAGAAUUAGACUCUAGAAGGACCAAAAGUAACUUGAGUGCCUCGGAGAUGCUAAGCCAGAAAAGCUGCGUCAAUGAGCUUGUGACCGCUUCCUCUUGGAAUUGCACAGUAAUGCCAGAAGACAAAGAUUUUGCUCCCAGGAGAAAAGCAUACAGCUCCUCUGAGCAACUGACAUCAAGGAGGAGGCCAGAGGUCAAGGCGGAACUGAGCCGCCAAUUUCCAAGCAGCAGGGCCGAGGAGCGGAGGCGGUGGUCCAGAGACCACUCAGAAGCCCACUGAACUGGCUGAGGCAUAUUUCCUGUUGCAGUUUGCAUGACCUCCAGACCUGGAAUUCCCAUCUUUCUCCUGCUGCUGCUGCUGCUGCCAGUCCACCAUGGGGGGACUAAUACAGUGCCUGACCUUUACCCCCUUUCAGUGCUCAAGUACUCUCCUUCUCCUCUCCCCAAAACCCAGAUGGACUUUUCUUUUAAUGGUGGCUUUGCGUUCUCCUUUUCCUCCAUGAAGGAGGAAGGGGAGACUUUGCUCAGGGGAAUCCCACUCUGGAACUUUACCGAGCGCGAAUCAAUAGAGACUCUCAGCUUGCAACUCCUUGGAAAUCUCCAAGAACUUUGGAUUCUCGACUUGGGUGUUCGUUGACUCCACUCCAGGAAAAACUUUUGGUUUGGUUUGACUUGAAAGUCUCAUGGAGAACCACUUUGGACUCGUCUCUGUGUGGUCCUCAGCUUUGGAGAGCCACUUACCUGACCCCUCUUGGCCAUAACUCUUGAAGAAUGGCCUAGCAGGGUUCAUGGGCCACUGCUUCACAGUAGCAGCCUCUCUUCUUCCUCCUCCUUGCCCGCACUGUAACAGUUUGGCCGCUCAUACCGAUGUUUGACUGAGCCAUCCAGAGAAGCAAUAAAUUGAGAUGCAUCUCCUCCAGCAUCUCCUGCUCCACUGGCAGGGACUGGAGCAGCAAAGGUUGGUGGGUUCUCUUUGGCCUCAAAAAAAAAACGGUCUCUGCUUCCUUUCUUGUUGGCACAGCACACUCCUUGCAAACCCAGCCAGACUUGGGGUAUACAACCACAAAUCUCAUCGGCAAGCCUUCCACUCUGCUCCCAAUCAACUUGCAGCCUGAUCCAAAGGAACAGCCUGUCCCGGGACCCAGCUUGCUCGGUGAGGCUGUUCUGACGUCAUUUGAACUAAAGACCUAGAAGACUCAAGUGUGGCCGGCAGUUGGAGGCGUCUGAUUUGUUCAGUUCCUCAGCGCAUCCUUGGGGGGAGGGGGGAACACAUUCUUUUAUUUCUGCUACCUCACCACUUGCUUGGACAGGAGGACCAGAGUACGAUCUUCCAGAGAUCCAGUGGCUGCCCCUCUUCCACCUCUGAAACAGCAAAUUGAAUUUUGUUCACACAAUCAUCCCAGCCCCCCCCCCCCAAAGGUCUGUUUUCCAUUGUACUCUAUGUGCUUUGUUCAGAUGCUGCUGUAUUGUAGGUCUUCUUACCCGCCUCUGCCCGUUUUGCCAAGGUGCGACUCGAGAAUUGAUCACAAUUAGCUGCUCUUCCCCUUUUAAAUGAAUCUCUCUCAUGCACAUGUACAUGCCGAGUGCUAAAAUGAUGAGGACCAGUCCAGGGGUUUUCUAGGGCAUGUGACCUGUGAGUCGUCAUUCAACUCACAAAUAACACCUUUCCAGCCUCCAGCUAUUUGAGAAGAGAUGUGCAUGGGUUCCAAGAGUUAAUUAAAAAUGCAAUUAUUAUGGCAGACAGUCCAUGAGGAUCAGAUGACAGUAAUGGGUUGAGGGAUUAGCCAGGGGUUGCUGAGUUCACUCACCUGCACACCUUCCUCACUGCAAAGCUACUACCUGCAAAGCUUCUGCAUUUGGGUAGCUGGGAGCAAACGUGGGAAAGUUCUGAGGUGUGAGAAUAUGUGGGUAACAUGCUUCUCCUUUUCCUGUGAAUGUUGUCCUGCAAGUUGCUUCACCCACACACCGGGAAGUAAACGUGAAGUUGAUGUUCUUGGCAUUCAAAACCAGGUUCUAUUCAAACUUGGUCAUUUUCUCUUCCCUCCCCCCCCCCCCCAGAAUAGCCUUAUAAUUCCCUUGCUUCUGGUGUCAUUCUGCUUCAGAAGCAUAGUAGUCACCUUUUGGGGGGAAAGGGGAGGGCUGUAUCAGCACCACCCAACGUUGUCACCUCCUCACCAUCAACCAUCACCUCCUCACUGUCAGUCAUUACCUAUUACCACCACCCACCAUCAAUUUCUUCCUCCAAAAGCAUUUGAUGGCUGUCUGAUGAUGUUAGGCCUCAGAGUGUAGCAUUGUGCGCUUCAAAAAGAUUUGCCUCCCUCUGAGCCGGUGCUUCCCAAAUGGGAAGACAUUACUCAAAACUGAGCAAAAUUGUGUUUUGUUUCUUUGAGCAACAGCGCAUGACUCCUUUACCAAUCAGGAUAGGGACAUUUCAGUUGACUUAAAGAUUGCCACGUGCGCUAAAGUAUCUCACAAAGCUUUCCUAUUAAGAUGGUAGAGGAAAUUACAAUUGGUAAUUUGUUGAAAUGACGUAAAGAUAAUUGGGUUAUAAAUGUUUGUUUAAUACCGGUAGUCCUCGAGUUACGAUCAUUCAUUCUGUGACAGUUUGAAGUUACAAUGGUGCUGGAGGAAGGGAGUUACAACAGGUCCUCAAAGUUUGAUGAGGCUUUUUGAUAAGCAGUUUUGGGUAAUGAAGGAAAAUGUUUGGAAGCCCUGUUCUAAGGGUCUGUGAGCUUGGCACUUUAAGAGUUGUGGACUUCAGCUCCCAGAAUUCCUUAGCCAGCAUGGCUAGUUGAGGAAUUCUGGGUGUUGAAGUCCAUGAGUCUUAAAGUUGCCAAGUUUGGAGAGCCCUGCUCUAAGCCAUCGUCACCUUAUUCAACCAUAUAGAAGGGGAAAUCCCACUGGAAUAUCUUUGCUCAAGAGAAAAGAACCCACAUCCCCCAUUCAUCUCUUCCCCGCAAAGAUGAGUGCCUGUGUUCACACAAUAGGCUAAACCAAGAAGCACCGUUAACAAGUGCAUGUGUUCCAUGCCAUCUUACUCCCACUGAAUAUGAGUUUAAUGGAAAGUUUAGACUUACUGUGGCAGCCGUGGCUGGAGUUGUCAGCAUGUUAAACUUACAGAAACAGGAGACUAUAGCCAGAGUAUGCUGCAUGUGCAAAGGUCUGCUUUAUGUCAAACAAGGAUUUGAAUAACACAAUCAGACUUUAUUUAAAAACUUAUGCGCGACCAGAAUGGGGGCCAGGUGGGAACACAAUCAGUGUUGUCAUUCCUUCAUUGCUGUUGAAAAACCAGCCAUUUUGGUACCUUUCGAGGAUUUCAACAUGAAUUCAGUUCUGGAACCACAAAGGGUAUUUAUUUCUUUACCUUGUAAUAUUUUGAAUCUAAACUAAUGCUCCCAUUUGCAUGCCACGUUUUCUUUAGCACAACAGGAAUAAAAGGAGAUGGAAGGGUUGUUUUUUGUUUUAAAAAGCCUGGGAAGCCUAAGGCAGGCUAAAAAAUGUCAGUGGGCUUCUAUCUGCUAGUGCUUCAGACAUGAAGCUGAAACAACCCACUGUUGGUUUGGCUUAUGAAAGGGUAUCACAGCUGGUUCUUGUCUCAUAACAGAAUAAAGGGAAAAUUGGGGAGGUAGUCAAGAGACUGAAUGCCUUAGUUCCAAAACUACAUUUCUGCACAUUGUAUUUGCAUAACCAGGGUUAGUUCAGUGGGCCAAGGCUCAGCCUUUGAUGGAGUAGUACCAAAUGAUGGUGACCAAGUUUUGCACCUCUUUUUAAGAUCUAAGCCUUUAUUUCAUGCUCCAGCAAUUUCUGGAUAGGUUGUUGCAACGUAACACUAUUUUUAUUUUUUGGCAAGUCUUCCAGCUUGUGAGGAUGGAGGGAUGGGGAAUGAAGAAAACCUUAACUGAUUUGUGUCCAUUGAUGGGUGCCAAGUUUACAUGAAAGUCUUAUUUGCUCUAUGUCAGUGGUGGCGAACCUAUGGCACGGGUGCCAGAGGCAGCACUCAGAACUUUCUCUGUGGGCAUGCGUGCCGUCACCCCAGUCCUAGGCCUUCAGCUGGGUUUUAUAAAACUUUUU